GCCAAACAAAUUAAUGACUUUCAAAUCUGUAAAAAGGCCGAAACGAAAAAUAGAUGUGUGAUUCGGUGACUUUACCAGACUAAUGGGCCUGAGUAAGUCCAGCCUAAUUAUUACUAUAAUAGAGAAAACAGAAACCAGAGCACAGAAAAUUGGAGCACACAAGUAGCUUCACGCCUCCGGCGCUCGGUCCACGGCCUAUCUCCGCUCGGCAAACGCCAACCGCAGCCGGCACGACGAACUUGGUGUCACAGCCAAAGCUCCAAGGAGUAUGACAAGGAGACCAAAACGGAAUCAACUGUCACAGAGACAUCGGCCACUCACUUUCUCACCAUUUGCUCGGUCAAUGGCUAUGGCGGCCUCGAGCAAGAAGGCCAGGCGGGAGAUUGAGGAAACCAAAAAUUCUACAAAUUCGGCUGACCAGGGCAAGGAUAAAAGAGAACAUUGUGACUCUUCUGAUAGUGAAGAAUCCGAGGGAGUUGUUCAAGCGGACUUUGUCUUCUUUGAUCCGAAACCUAGUGAUUUUCAUGGAGUGAAGGUCCUUCUGCAGACAUACCUUGAUAACAAGGUGUGGGAUCUCAGUGGCUUUGUAGAUUUGAUAUUGGGACAGCCAACUGUGGGGAGUGUGGUCAAGAUAGAGAAUGACGAAGAUGAUGGAACAUAUUCCUUUGUUACUGCUCUUAAUUUAGGAAGAUAUAAGGCAAGAAAUUUAGAUAGCAAAUGUAUCAUUGAGCUGAAGGAUUACCUUCUUAAAGUGUGUCGGAAUAUGGAUAUAAUAGCUAAACUCAAGUCUUUAGUUGGAGAGCAUGCAGAGGAUGUUGGUCUUAUGAUCUCUCAGCGUGUUGUAAAUCUUCCACCUCAGCUUUUACCGCCUCUUUAUGAUGCUCUCUUUGAUGAGGUGGAGUGGGCAACUGAAGAUGAGCCGACAAAGGAGCUCCAGAAUUCCUUCCGCUUCAAAUAUUAUCUGAUUAUUAGCAAAAUAUACAAGCACAAGAAUGCAGACAAGAAUAAAGGGAUGACUAAAACUGGAGAGGAAAAUGUAAUUUAUGUGAAACCAGAAGACGAAAUUUUCUAUGAGCUUAAAGAUUAUCGGUUGAUGGGUCUGGUGAUGGCUAUCGAAGCUAGUAAAGUAUCUAUAUUCCGAAAAAGGCUGCACUCACUGAUAGAUGUAUGAUAAUACAAGAUUCUAGAUAUUAUGUUGCUGCUAAUGGGUACCUGAGUUUGGCUUUUUUGCAGAAAUUUUUGUAGUUAAAUGCCGUGGCUGCUAUUGGCUGAAUUUGUCUAUUUCUUUAGAAACGUAUAUGGGAGACAGUUGCAUUUCCUUGGGAUUUUUUGGUAGCAUUUUGGAGAGUACUCCAAACUUUACAUUUUUGGAACUAAAGCGAAAAAUGUAGAAUCACUCCUUGCUCAGUUCUUGUUUCCGUGAAAUUAUAAAUUGUUCGUAGUUGCAUUAAUUGUAUGGGUGUUGACAGUUUUUCUGCAAAAAUUGAGAUUAAAAAAAUAAAAUGUGAUUGUUUCACUUAUAUCACGAUCUGCCAAAAGAAAACUCCUUCACUGAUACCGUUUUCAGUUUUUGAAAACAGGUGUAGAAAGUUUUCCUGGCAAGCACUAUUUUGUAAUAUAUUACAUGGAUGCUCAAAUCAACUACUUGAAAUGCUAUUACGUAUCUGCAAGCUCACCAUCUUUUUCAUUUUUGUUUUACAAUUCUGUAGAUAUAUAAUAUAACGUUGUUACA